UUAGUCACAUAAUUUACACUAAAUUACUAAUCAAACUAACCAGUAAAAAAAUAAUAAAAUAUCCCAUAAAUGAAGACAAUAGGUAACUUCUGAGAUGACUUGCACAAAUUGACGAUCGGGUUGAGACUGACGCAGGAAACGCAUUAUAAAUUUACCGAUCAAUAAAUAAAUGAUUACAAUAAUACAGGUAAUUUUAUAUAUGAGCUUCUUUUUUCUUUAAAUUGAUACAAUGUAAGAUAGUAUACUUCCGUAUGCAAUAUUUACUACAAGGAAACAAAUUAUUUUCCUACAAAACAUUGGAUACUGCAUAGUAGGAAAUUACCCGAUGCAAUUUGUUGAUUAUCUACCUAUGGAUAAAUUGUAAAGAUGACUGAUAAUAAUGUAUCUGAUUAUAUUACGUACCGCAAAGUUACUAAAAACCUUAUGACCAUUAUCGGACUUUGGCCGUAUGAAAAUCCAAGUUUCUUCUAUCAACUAGUGCCAUACAUUCAAAUAUUAUUAAGUUUGGGAAUGGGUUUAGGGAUUUUUGGUUUUGUGCUUGACCAUUUUUCUAAUAUUGGUCUGGUAACUCGCGGAUUGAGUGUUAUGACUAGCUUCAUUACAAUUAUCUUGAAGGUCGUUUGUUUAGUGAUGAACCAAAAAGAACUAGUAGAACUGCAUACGAAUCUUGACCCGUAUUUUGACAAACUAUUGACGAAUUCAAAACUUACCAAAAUUGUGCUGAAAAAAGUUAAAGUUUACAAAUUUUUAUCAUGGUCAUUGGCGUUUUGUGUUUUUACUUGUCUGGCAGCGUACAUUAUUGGCCCGUUAGUGUACAUAACCAAUUGUUAUUUUAAUAAAAUAACGAUUACUAAAUACCCGCUGAUAUAUCCGAGCGGUUAUCCGUGGAAAAUAACUUCCAAUGGAUUCGUUUAUAAAAUACACUUUAUUUUUGAAACGCUAGCUACGUCGGCUCUAUUUUUUGUCACCUGUAGCAUCGACUCGUUAUUUACAUUGUACGUUUUUCAAAUGGUCGCGCAACUACGCGAAAUGUCUUAUUGCAUCACACACAUUGAAAACGAAGAUGACAGCCAGGAGGUGGUGUGCAAAUGUGUUAAUCAGUAUGAGAAGAUAAUAAGGUCUAAAUAUAUUCUUGAGAAAAUUUAUGGACCUACAAUUUUGUGGAUCAUGGCAUCAAAUGCCGUUGUACUUUGCACAUUGUUAUUUCAAGUUUCGCAAAUGAAAAGUAUAUCAAUUAUACGAGGAAUGUUAAUUGUUACUUACGUUGGAAUUAAAGUAAUACAAACUUUUAUGUAUGCUUGGGCCGGAUCAAAUUUGACGGAAGAGAACAGAGUGAAGUUUACAGACGCGCUGUCUACGCUGCAAACUGGUACGGAAAUAAAAAUAUAAUGGCUCAUGUAAUUAUUACACUUAGUCAAAAACCAUUGACAUUGAAUGCUUGCAGUUUUGCUCAUGUCUCAGUUGACAUUUUU